GACAUGACCAUGGAGCAAGCUGAACAUAACCCAAAUGCUACCAUCAGUCUCAACUUGGCUGCAAUCUACAGUCUCCAUGAUGGUGACUUAACCUCCUUGCAAAACUUCACCCUCCCUUUCAAUUUCACUUACAGCGACUAUGACCUACCACUGGACAGUGAAGAUGACAUGACCAAAACCCGCACCUUCUUUGCAGCCAAGAUUGUGAUUGGGGUGGCUCUGGUUGGCAUCAUGCUGGUCUGUGGCAUCGGCAACUUCAUCUUCAUUGCUGCUCUCGCACGCUACAAGAAGCUGCGAAACCUCACCAACCUGCUGAUUGCCAACCUGGCCAUCUCAGACUUCAUUGUGGCCAUCGUGUGCUGCCCCUUUGAGAUGGACUACUACGUGGUACGGCAGCUGUCCUGGGAACACGGCCACGUCCUCUGUGCCUCAGUCAACUACCUACGGACUGUCUCCCUCUAUGUGUCUACCAAUGCUCUCCUGGCUAUAGCUGUUGACAGGUAUCUGGCCAUUGUUCACCCACUGAAACCACGCAUGAAUUACCAAACAGCAACCUUCCUCAUCGCCUUGGUCUGGAUUGUCUCCUUACUCGUAGCUAUCCCAUCUGCAUAUUUUGCUACUGAAACAGUGUUGUUUAUAGUGAAGAACCAGGAGAAAAUUUUCUGUGGUCAGAUUUGGCCAGUUGACCAGCAGAUGUACUACAAAUCAUACUUCCUCUUCAUCUUUGGCAUUGAGUUUGUUGCACCUGUGAUCACAAUGACCUUAUGUUACGCCAGGAUCUCACGGGAGCUUUGGUUUAAAACUGUACCAGGAUUUCAGACAGAACAGAUCAGAAAGAGGCUUCGAUGCAGAAGAAAAACUGUUAUGGUACUGAUGUGCAUCCUGACUGCCUAUGUUCUCUGCUGGGCACCCUUCUAUGGCUUCACAAUUGUCCGUGACUUUUUCCCCACCAUCUUUGUGAAAGAGAAGCAUUACCUCACUGCUUUCUACAUAGUUGAAUGCAUUGCCAUGAGUAACAGCAUGAUAAACACCAUGUGUUUUGUAACUGUAAAAAAUAACACCAUGAAGUACUUCAAGAGGAUCAUGUUGCUCAGGUGGCGAUCAACGUACAGUGGCAGCAAAUCUAGCACAGAUCUAGACCUGAGAACAAAUUCAAUGCCAGUCACAGAGGAGGUAGACUGCAUAAAACUGAAAUGA